AAGUUACUAUCAAUGAUGAGAAUACCCAACAAUGGAGAUUACCAGCUCUGGUUCCAUCCUGGCCAUGCAGAAGCUCCAAGACCACUGCAAGGUUAUGAGUAUCUACAGGAGGUCAUAAUGACCCACCUUCAACACACCUACAGUAGAGUAAAUUCAAAAAAUUCUACAGCUUUUCCUCUCUUGCCUGGAUUGCUUAGGCAAGACCUAAACUUGGAGGGGCAAUUCAUUUUAAAGCCCCGAUACUCAGCUAUAAGCCAGCAGCAGAAAUCAACGGAAAUACUGAAGAAGAAGGAAAGAACUUAUAGGACACGAUGCUUCCCCAGGGCCUAUGUGCCCCAUGAGGACCAAGGGUACACUGUCCCAAAAGUUAAGAAGAAGGGAAAACUCUUUGGUAGAGAGUUGAAUUGGAUCUGUAAGGAUGGAAAAUGGCCCACCGAAAUUCUGGACAUCCUGUCCCUCUUAAGAGAAAAGGGCCCUACAGCAGUAGGUAUAUUUAGUAUAGCUCCUAGUGAUGUAUUGUGCAAAGGAGUGAAAGAAAAACUCGACUCUGGGCAAAAGGUGAAUAUAAGAAAACACUCGGUGCACCUGGCAAGCUGGAUUCUAAAGGAGUUUCUUCAAAUGAUUAAAGGCAGUCUAUUGACCUCUCAGCUGUAUGAGCACUGGCUUUCCAUACCCGAAAUGGUCAGCAAUGAAGAAAAACUAUCAACAGCAAAGAGGCUUUUAGAAGAACUCCCGCCACUGAAUGCUGCAUUCCUGAGACAGAUGUUUAGAAUUCUAAAUAAAAUAGCCAGAAAUUCCUCGAUAAACCACAUGCCAGCAUACAGUCUCUCUGCUGCAAUAGCGCCAUUUCUUUUAUGCCUUCCUAGAUAUGGAAAUAAAGUACUGGCUACUGAUAUUUCCAAAAAGAUUUCUCUCGUAACAUUCCUCAUAGAUAAUUCUCCGAAACUGUUCGGGCUAGAUAUUGUUGCACUAUGGUAUGAAACCUCGUUUUAUCAUGGACCCGGAGGAAAUACCUCAUGUGACCAGGUUACUACAUCUAAUAUCAUCACCCCAAAUGAACCAGAACAUGGAGCCAGCAGCUGCCCCAAGGGGAGGACAUACACCCCUGACCAUGAUGAACCAACAAUAAGUCAAGUGGCUCCUCCUCUCUCUGAGGGCACUAACGAAUCAGAGACUCAAGAAGAUAAUAUGAAUGCAACCCAGCAAACAACUUCUCAAACUCCUACUGCACCACCAAAAAACCAAGUAUUUCGUACUUGUCCACGGUUUAUAUGCUUGGACAAAAUGCUACCUUCUAUACUUGAUAUGAUAUCGGUCAUUGCGGAAAAAGGACCAGAAUCAGAAGAAGUAUUCCAAUCCAUUUCCGAUAGAUCACACUUGGUCCUGAGGGAUAAGAUCUAUACUGAGCAACACAUUAAUUGGGACCAAGAAUCAGUACUCACAGUAGCUUACCUUUUAAAGGUCAAGGUCCCCAUGUGUUAUCCUUGCACCCUGACAAAUCAAUUCUCUUCAAGGAUUUUAUUAGAAACAUACAAGGAAGCUUACUUUAUUCAGAUUUGUAUGAAAAUUGGCUUAGUGUCCUUGAUGAAGAAUCCCUGCUUGGAAAAAUUUCAACUAUAUGAAGCCCCACAUGUGUUAUGGGAUCAGACUUGUGUGAACUCAUUAUUUGGAAGUGACAUUCCAAAAAAAGAUCUCUGUUAUACAAAUCAUGAUUGACAACUUUGUAGAUAUAUUUGGAGAAGAUGACCCUAUAAUUUGUGACAACAGUCAGAAGAGGUCAGAUGACAUAAAGACUACAGUAAAU